UGGUUUUUUGAAGCUUCGAUUUAGACUGCAGUUCAACAACCCUCGACGGCCACACGAUACCCCAGGCAUACGAUGGCUACGGCGAAUCAAUGUAUCGCUUCGCUGGCGAGGCUGAGUCUUUCGGCGCCUAUAAGACCAAUCAAUGCGACAAUACCUAGAUUUCUAGCUCCGUCGAUAGUCCAGACGCGAUGUAAGAGCGCUGGUACUGUCGCUAUGCGAGCGCGCGAAAAAGAGAAGCUCAAGAAGAAGAAGAGGCAGCUGCGUUUUAAGGAGUACAAAUACGCUACACCAAGCGAGAGCGAGAGGUGGUCUCUAUGCGACGCUAUGCGAUACCUACGAGCAGUCGAAGUAGGCCGUCCUCCAUCAUCUGUUACCUACGAAGUCUCUUUGAAAAUCAGAACGCCCAAGAACAGCGUCGUGCUUCGGAAUCGGAUACGUCUGCCAUUUCCGGUCAAGAACGACACGCGCAUCGCCGUCAUCUGCAAGGAGGGUAGCGGAGCGAUGGCCGAAGCCCGCGCUAACGGAGCCGUCGCAUUUGGAGAAGACUCUUUAUACGAGCUCAUUAGGACGACCCCGGGAAAGCUGCCGUUUAACCGUCUAAUCUGCCACGUCGAUUGCGAGGCUUCACUCAAACAGGCCGGCCUCGGUCGAAUAUUAGGUCCUAAAGGUCUAAUGCCUAGUUUAAAGACGAACACCCUCACCAAAAGUGUGCAAGGUCUCAUGCACGAAAUGGUCGGCGCCGAAACGUAUAGGGAGAAGGUUGGCGCGAUCCGUAUGCCCAUAGGGAACAUCCAAUUUACCCCCAAGAUGCUGUCCGAGAACGUCAAGGUGCUUGUGGCGCAAGUGAGGGAGAAUAUCAUAAACAUGGAGGACAGGGUUAAGAAGGACUUGAUCGAAGUUGUCCUGACUUCUACAAAUGGUCCGGGUUUUAGUUUGAGCGGAAGUUUCGCCUCUACCGACGAGAAGAUCCAGCCGGAGCACCUGAGUACGGCGAUGUAAAUAUCCAUGUUUUACGAAUUAGGACCAUAUUAAGAAUUGUACCAUACUUAAGAGUCGGGG